CGGCCGCUCUGCCGAACGUAUCUCUGCCGCAGGCGGAGAGAAGCGCCAAGAAAGCCUUAAGUAACAUUUGCGUCAGUUCGGUUGGUGAUAAAAACGAAAAACGAAAACUGAAAACUGAAAACCGAAAACCGAAAUGGUCGGAACGGCAAUCGCCUAAUCGGAGAUACACUCUUACCCACACAGGGGCAGCCUGAGUGCCAACCUGAGUGCCAGUGGCCGUGUUGACUCUCUUCUAAAGGCAACACAUUCGGUUUGGACUCAAGGGAUACACUGAAAACGCAGGAAAGCAAUACGAACCCGAACGAAACGAGGCGGAGAGGCGAGCUCCCAAGGACACGAAUAUAGACACCUCACUCUAUAUACUAGAACACUAGGACACCACACACCCGACCCCACAAACGAAAGCACUGUGGAAACUGUAGAAGCUAUCACCAGAACCAAACCAUGACGACGGACAUCUCGAUUGUUCGCUGGGAUCCCAGCCAGGGUCCCGGAAACGAGUACAUCGACGAGUACGAGUACGACGGGGGCAACUCCAGCUCCCGGCUGUUCGAGCGCUCCAGGAUCAAGGCCCUGGCCGAGGAGCGCGAGAGCGUCCAGAAAAAGACCUUCACCAAGUGGGUGAACUCGCACCUGUGCCGGGUGAACUGCCGGAUCGCUGACCUCUACGUGGACAUGCGGGACGGCAAGCACCUGAUCAAGCUGCUGGAGGUGCUGUCCGGCGAGAGGCUUCCCAAGCCCACCAAGGGCAAGAUGAGGAUCCACUGCCUGGAGAACGUGGACAAGGCGCUGCAGUUCCUGCGGGAGCAGCGCGUUCACCUGGAGAACAUCGGCUCCCACGACAUCGUCGACGGCAAUGCUUCCCUCAACCUGGGCCUGAUUUGGACCAUCAUCCUGCGCUUCCAGAUCCAGGACAUCACCAUCGAGGAGGUCGACAACAAGGAGACCAAGUCGGCCAAGGACGCCCUGCUGCUGUGGUGCCAGAUGAAGACCGCCGGCUACCACAACGUCAACGUGCGCAACUUCACCACCUCGUGGCGCGACGGCCUGGCCUUCAACGCCAUCAUCCACAAACACCGUCCGGACCUGGUCCAGUUCGAGAAGCUGUCGAAGACGAACGCCAUCCACAACCUGAACAACGCCUUCGACGUGGCCGAGGACAAGCUGGGCCUGGCCAAGCUCCUCGACGCCGAGGACGUCUUCGUGGAGCACCCCGACGAGAAGUCGAUCAUCACCUACGUGGUCACCUACUACCACUACUUCAGCAAGCUCAAGCAGGAGACGGUCCAGGGCAAGAGGAUCGGCAAGGUGGUCGGCAUCGCCAUGGAGAACGACAAGAUGAUCCAGGACUACGAGCACUUCACCAGCGACCUGCUCAAGUGGAUCGAGACCACCAUUCAAUCGCUCGGCGAGCGCGAGUUCGAGAACUCCCUGGCCGGAGUCCAGGGCCAGCUGGCCCAGUUCUCCAACUACAGGACGAUCGAGAAGCCACCCAAGUUCGUGGAGAAGGGCAACCUGGAGGUGCUGCUCUUCACCCUGCAGUCGAAGAUGCGGGCCAACAACCAGAAGCCCUACACCCCCAAGGAGGGCAAGAUGAUCUCCGACAUCAACAAGGCCUGGGAGCGCCUCGAGAAGGCCGAGCACGAGCGCGAGCUGGCGCUGCGCGAGGAGCUCAUCCGGCAGGAGAAGCUGGAGCAGCUGGCCGCCCGCUUCGACCGCAAGGCCUCCAUGCGGGAGACCUGGCUGUCCGAGAACCAGCGCCUCGUCAGCCAGGACAACUUCGGUUUCGAUCUGGCUGCCGUGGAGGCCGCCGCCAAGAAGCACGAGGCUAUCGAGACGGACAUUUUCGCGUACGAGGAGCGUGUCCAAGCGGUGGUGGCCGUGUGCGAUGAGCUGGAGUCCGAGAGGUACCACGACGUCAAGAGGAUACUUUUGCGCAAGGACAACGUGAUGCGCCUGUGGACAUACCUUCUGGAGCUGCUCCGAGCGCGUCGCAUGCGCCUGGAGAUCUCCCUGCAGCUGCAGCAGAACUUCCAGGAGAUGCUCUACAUCUUGGACAACAUGGAGGAGAUUAAGCAGCUGCUCAUGACCGACGACUACGGCAAGCACCUGAUGGGCGUGGAGGACCUGCUGCAGAAGCACUCCCUCGUCGAGGCCGACAUCAACAUCCUGGGCGAGCGCGUCAAGGUGGUGGUGCAGAACUCGCAGAAGUUCCUCAGCGACGACCCCGAGUCCUACAAGCCCUGCGACCCGGAGAUCAUCGUCUCCCGCGUCCAGCAGCUGGAGGACGCCUACGCAGAACUCGUGCGUCUGGCCGUGGAGCGCAGGAGUCGCCUGGAGGAGAGCCGCAAGCUCUGGCAGUUCUAUUGGGACACCGCCGACGAGGAGAACUGGAUCAAGGAGAAGGAGCAGAUCGUGUCGACCGACGAGAUCGGCCACGACCUGACCACCGUCAACCUGCUGCUCAGCAAGCACAAGGCCCUCGAGUCGGAGAUCACCUCGCAUGACCCCCAGCUGCAGAACGUGGCCAAGGUGGGCGCCGAGCUGAUCACCGAAGGCCACUUCGGAGCCGACCGCAUCAAGGACCGCUUGAAGGAGAUCUUGUCCAAGUGGGACCACCUGCUGGACCUCACCAAGUACCGCCGCCAGCGCCUGGAGAACGCCGUCGAGUACUUCCAGCUGUUCGCCGACGCCGACGACGUGGAUAACUGGAUGCUGGACACGCUGCGCAUCGUUUCCAGCGAGGACGUCGGCCGGGACGAGGCCAACGUGCAGUCGCUGCUGAAGAAGCACAAGGACGUGGCCGACGAGCUGAAGAACUAUGCCGAGGUGAUCGACGCACUGCACAAGCAGGCCGAGACCCUGAAGCUCAACGAGGCGGAGAAGGCGAACGUGGACAAGCGGCUGGAGGCGAUCGACAGCCGGUACAAGGAGCUCACCGAGCUGGCAAAGCUCCGCAAGCAGCGCCUGCUGGACGCCCUCAGCCUCUACAAGCUUAUGUCCGAGGCCGACGGCGUGGAGCAGUGGAUCAAGGAGAAGACCAAGAUGCUGGACACGAUGACGCCGGGCAAGGACAUCGAGGACGUGGAGAUCAUGAAGCACCGCUUCGAGGGCUUCGACAAGGAGAUGAACGCCAACGCCUCCAGGGUGGCCGUCGUCAACCAGCUGGCCCGCCAGCUGCUCCACGUGGAGCACCCCAAUUCGGACGAGAUCCUGGAGCGACAAAACCACCUCAACCAGGAGUGGUCGGCCCUGCGCGAGAAGGCCGAGGCCAAGAUGGACGACCUGAAGUCUGCCCACGGCGUGCAGACCUUCUACAUCGAGUGCCGCGAGACUAUCUCGUGGAUCGAGGACAAGAAGCGCAUCCUGACCGAGACCGACAGCCUGGAGAUGGACCUCACCGGAGUGAUGACUCUGCAGCGCCGUCUCAGCGGCAUGGACCGCGACCUAGCCGCCAUUCAGGCUAAGCUUUCCAGCCUGGAGCGGGAGGCGAACAGCAUCGAGGACGAGCACCCGGAGGAGGCGCAGCUGAUCCGCGAGCGCAUCGCCCAAAUCGAGCUGAUCUGGGAACAGCUCACCCAGAUGCUCAAGGAGCGCGACUCGAAGCUGGAGGAGGCCGGCGACCUGCACCGGUUCCUGCGCGACCUGGACCACUUCCAGACCUGGCUGACCAAGACCCAGACGGACGUGGCCUCCGAGGACACGCCCACCUCGCUGCCAGAGGCCGAGAAGCUGCUCAACCAGCACCAGUCCAUCCGCGAGGAGAUCGACAACUACACCGAGGACUACAAGAACAUGAUGGAGUACGGCGAGCGACUGACAUCCGAGGGCAACACCUCCGACGACCCGCAGUACAUGUUCCUGCGGGAGCGCCUGAACGCCCUCAAGGACGGCUGGGAGGAGCUGCACCAGAUGUGGGAGAACAGGCAGGUGCUGCUGUCGCAGAGCCUCGACCAGCAGCUCUUCAACCGCGACGCCCGCCAGACGGAGGUGCUGCUCAGCCAGCAGGAGCACUUCCUCAGCAAGGACGACACCCCGGUGAACCUGGAGCAGGCCGAGAACCAGCUGAAGCGCCACGAGGCCUUCCUCACCACCAUGGAGGCCAACGACGACAAGAUCAACACGCUGCUCCAAGUGGCCGAUACCCUCGUGGAGAAGGACCACUUCGACGCGGACAAGAUCGGCAAACGGGCCGAGAACAUCACCGGACGGCGGGACGACAACCGGCAGAGGGCCCUGGAGCAGCACGAGAAGCUGAAGAACCAGGUGAAGCUGCACGAGUUCCUCCAGGACCUGGAGGAGCUGGCCGAGUGGGUGCAGGAGAAGUACGCCACGUCCCAGGACGAGACCUACAGGAGCGCCAAGACCAUCCACUCGAAGUGGACGCGCCACCAGGCGUUCGAGGCCGAGAUAGCCGCCAACAAGGAGCGCCUGUACGAGGCCGAGAAGUCCGCUCAGGAACUGUCGAAGGAGAAGCCCGAGUUCAAGGACGUGAUCGAGCCGAAGCUGAAGGAGCUGGCCAAGCAGUUCGACGACCUGGAGGUGCAUACCAAGGAGAAGGGCGCCAUGCUGUUCGACGCCAACCGCGAGGUGCUCGUCCAGCAGACCUGCGACGACAUCGACUCCUACAUCACCGACCUGGAGAAGCAGAUCGUCAGCGGCGACACGGCCAAUGACCUCACCUCGGUGAACAUCCUGAUGCAGAAGCAGCAGGUCAUCCAGACCCAGAUGGCGGUGAAGGCGCGCCAGGUGGAGGAGAUCGACAAGCAGACCGAGUACCUGCAGAAGACGGUGCCCGAGGAGAAGAUAGAGCCGAUCGUGGUGAAGAAGACCGCCGUGCUGGAGCGCUUCGAGAAGAUCAAGGCGCCGCUGCUGGAGCGCCAGAAGGCCCUCGAGAAGAAGAAGGAGGCCUUCCAGUUCUGCCGCGACGUCGAGGACGAGAAGCUCUGGAUCGACGAGAAGCUGCCGGUGGCCAACUCCUCGGACUACGGCAACUCCCUCUUUAACGUGCACGUCCUCAAGAAGAAGAACCAGUCGCUGGCCACCGAGAUCGACAACCACGAGCCGCGCAUCAAUGCCAUCUGCAACAACGGCCGCAAGCUGAUCGACGAGGGCCACGAGGACGCCAAGAAGUUCGAGGCCCUGAUCAGCGACCUCACCCAGAAGUGGCAGGAGCUGAAGGACGCCAUCGAGAACCGGCGCAAGCACCUGCUCGAGUCGGAGAAGGUGCAGCAGUACUUCUUCGACGCCCAGGAGGCCGAGUCGUGGAUGAGCGAGCUGGAGCUCUACAUGAUGGUGGAGGACCGCGGCAAGGACGAGAUCAGCGCCCAGAACCUGAUGAAGAAGCACGAGAACCUGGAGCAGUCCGUCGAGGACUACGCCAACACCAUCCGCCAACUGGGCGAGGUGGCGCGCCAGUUCAACGGCGACGACAUCUCCUCCGGCGACGCGGUGGCCGUCAAGCAGUCGCAGCUGGACAAGCUCUACGCCGGACUCAAGGACCUGGCCGGCGAGCGCAGGGCACGCCUCAACGAGGCCCUCCAGCUGUUCAUGCUCAGUCGGGAGGUGGACGACCUGGAGCAGUGGAUCACCGACCGCGAAGUGGUGGCCGGCUCCCAGGAGCUGGGCCAGGACUUCGACCACGUCACACUGCUGUCGGAGCGCUUCAACGAGUUCGCGCGGGACACGGAGGCCGUGGGCGGCGAGCGGGUGGCAAAGGUCAACGGCAUCGCCGACAACCUCAUCCAAGCCGGACACUCCGACUCGGCCACGAUCGCCGAGUGGAAGGACAACCUGAACGAGUCGUGGCAGGAUCUGCUCGAGCUGAUCGAGACCCGCACCCAGAUGCUGGCUGCCUCGCGGGAGCUGCACAAGUUCUUCCACGACUGCAAGGAUGUGCUGGGCCGCAUCCUGGAGAAGCAGCACGGCGUCUCCGACGAGCUGGGCCGUGACGCCGGCUCCGUUUCGACGCUGCAGCGCAAGCACCACAACUUCCAGCAGGACCUGACCACACUCUACUCCCAGGUGCAGCAGAUCCAGGACGAGUCCGCCAAGCUGCAGGACGCCUACGCCGGCGACAAGGCUAAGGAGAUCACCAACCGCGAGAAGGAGGUGCUGCACGCCUGGGAGAACCUGCAGGCGAUGUGCGACGCUCGCAAACAGAAGCUGGCCGACACCGGCGACCUCUUCCGCUUCUUCAACAUGGUACGCAUCCUGAUGAUCUGGAUGGAGGACCUCGUCCGCCAGAUGAACACCUCCGAGAAGCCGCGCGACGUCUCCGGCGUGGAGCUGCUGAUGAACAACCACCAGAGCCUAAAGGCCGAAAUAGACACCCGGGAGGACAACUUCGGGGCCUGCAUUUCGCUAGGCAAGGAGCUGCUGACCCGCAACCACUACGCCUCCUCUGAUAUUAAGGACCGCCUCCUGCAGCUGAGCAACAGCCGCAACGCCCUGCUCCGCCGCUGGGAGGAGCGCUGGGAGAACCUCCAGCUGAUCUUGGAGGUCUACCAAUUCGCCCGAGACGCUGCCGUGGCCGAGGCCUGGCUGAUCGCCCAGGAACCCUACCUUCUCUCCUCGGAACUGGGCCACACCAUCGACGAGGUGGAGAACCUGAUAAAGAAGCACGAGGCCUUCGAGAAGUCCGCCGCCGCCCAGGAGGAGCGCUUCAGUGCUCUUGAGCGUUUGACAACAUUUGAGCUUAAGGAAAUGAAGAGGCGCCAGGAGCUGGCGGAGGAGGCCGAAAGACAGAGGAUCAAGGAGGAGCAGGAGGCCAAGGCCGUCUCUGAGGCGGCGGAACAGGCCAAACGAGAGGCUGAGCGGCGCGACGACGUGGAUGUUGGAGCUUCGCACGACGACUCCGCCGCGAAAGACACCGCCGUCGAAUUCGAGCGUGUUGUCGAGAUCCAAACAGAACGAGGAGCUACACCAUCUGCUGGCGAAGGCCAGGAGGGCUAUGUGACACGGAAGCACGAGUGGGACUCGACCACCAAAAAGGCCUCCAACCGAUCCUGGGAUAAGGUUUACAUGGCUGCCCGGGGUGGACGCAUUUCGUUCUUCAAAGAUCAGAAGGGUUACAAGAGUAAUCCCGAAUUGACCUUCCGCGGCGAGCCCAGCUACGAUCUGCAGGGAGCCUCCAUUGAAAUUGCCAAUGACUACACCAAGAAGAAGCACGUAUUGCGAGUCAAGCUCUCCAAUGGCGCAGAGUUCUUACUGCAGGCCCAUGACGACACCGAGAUGUCCCAGUGGGUGUCCAGCCUGAAGGCCCAGAGCGAUUCGGCAGCGGUGGCCGCCAGCAGGUCCCAGACCCUGCCCGCCACCUCACAAAAGGACGAACCAAAGCGCAGAUCGUUUUUUACUUUAAAGAAAAAGUAAACUAAUGCUAGAGGACACUCUCUUACACACACCCUGCCCCCCACACACAUAAGCAAGAGCAGCUAAUUAAAAAAAUGCAAAAACGACAAAUUAUACACAAAGAUUAAGAGGACGCAAGAAAUAUAUAUAUUUUUUUUCAUAUAUUUAAACUUAUUUCGUAAUGAGAAGUAAAAGAAAACAAAAGCUACAAAAACUUGCAAGAAACGAGCAAAACGUAAACAAUUAUUAUUAUGCUUAUCAAAUUUGCACGAUAAAUACUGCUAUUAUGAUUAAACGUAUGUAUCUUAUUUAUUUAAACAAAUACAAGGUAAUAUAAUGAUAAAACAAAACAAAAAAAUACAAAAAACAAACAAAAUGUUUGAGGAAAAGAACUCGUGUAUGCAUUUCAAUGUAUUCGAUAAAUAAACGAAAUAUUCCUUUAAAGUACA